AUGGAGAUCCCGUCAUAUAGCCUUCGAAAGAGAUUCCGGGCAGAGCUUGAUUCUGUCCGAUAUCUCCUCAAGAGGCCAGAGUUUUUGGCCAUCAUGCCUGUCAGCCGAGCACCUGGUUUCUCAUCGUCGGCUGCCCCUCGAGCUAAAAAAGUGCAAAGGGGGAGCCAUGUUCUCCGCGGUGCCAAGGGACGCUUCUUGCCGACCAAACCCCGGCCUGAAACAUCUACAGUGUUGCCUGAAGCUACAAUUCUGAAGCAGUGCGAAUCUAUUCUGAAGAAGCUGAUGACUCAGAAAUUUAGUCAUAUUUUUAAUGUUCCAGUAGAUGUGGAAAAGCUGAAUAUUCCAGAUUAUAAUGAAAUUAUCAAGCACCCGAUGGACCUUGGGACCAUCAAGAAGCAGCUAGAUUCUGGUUCCUACACAAGUCCUUUUGAUUUUGCAGCUGAUGUCAGGCUGACCUUUAACAAUGCGAUAACGUAUAAUCCCCGAGGGCAUGCAGUGCAUGAUAUGGCCAUUCAACUGAAUAAAAUGUUUGAGUCCAGAUGGAAAACAGUUGAGAAGAAGUUAGUUUCUGCCGCCACUAAGCCACAUGUUGAGGUUGAUAGAGCUGACUCAAAGAGGAGAAAGACCCCUCCUGUGGACCGCAGUGACUUGUCAAUAGAUUGUGUCAGGCCAACUGAGAUUGUGAAGCCAAAGAUGACAUUUGAGGAGAAAGAAUCCUUCGGAAACUGCUUAGCUUCUUUGUCUGAGGAUCCAGAAUUACCUGGUCACAUCAUUGAUAUGUUACAGCAGUGUAUUGACAACAAUACAGAUCAGCUUGGGGAUGAAGAGAUAGAGAUUGAUAUCCAUGCACUCAGUGAUGACAUACUAUUAGAAUUGAAGAAGCAUGUGGACAAGUACUUGCAAGAGAGAGAUCACCAGCAGACAAAAUCUGAGCCUUCUGAGAAUGAGGCUGUGAAUAUUUCUGGCCUCAGUCAUUCAUCCACAAAUCCCUGCAAAGGUGGUGAGCCUGUUGAGGAGGAUGUGGACAUUUGCGGCAAUGCAUCCCCUAUAUUGAUAGAGAAGGAUCCACAGAUCAGAACAAGCAAAUGUGGUAGUCCAAGUAGUUCCAGCAGUGGCUCGGGAUCUUCAUCCAGUGAUUCUGACUCAGGCAGUGACGCUGAAAGCGAACCAGAAAAAGCUGGUAGCCCAGCAAAGCUUGUGAAGGGUAUUAAAAUACCAGAACAACCUGCAGAGCAAGAAAAGAGUGAUGAUGUUAUUAGCCCUGUUGAUGUUAACAACACUACUGCUGAUGUGGAACUCCAUGAACUGGACAAUGAGUCCAAGGCUGCACCUGAGGACACCGUUGCUGAUGUGGAACUCGGUGAGCAGGACAACGAGUCGAAGGCUGCACCUGAGGGGGAGAAUGCAAAACCUGACAGGCAAGUCUCCCCGGACAAGCUCUUACGAGCAGCUCUUUUGAGGGGCCGUUAUGCUGAUGUAAUUGUGAAAGCUCGUGGGAUUCUCUGCCAGGGUGGAGAUAAACAGGAGGAGCUGGAGAAACUGCAGAAGGAAGAGAAAGAACGGCUUCUGGCUGAAGGUAAUGCAGCCAUGGAAGCCCGCAGAGCUGAAGCAGAGGCUGAAUCUAAGCGUAAGCGGGACCUUGAGAGGGAAAAGGCUCGUCAGGCCUUGCAGGAGAUGGAGAGAACUGUAGAAAUUAAUGACAGUGUUGAUCCCAAGGACCUAGAAAUGCUUGGUACAGUCACCACAGAACAUAUUGUGAGUUCUGUCGAUGAAACGAGUCCAGAGCAUUCCCAGGAUGGCAUGCCCAGUUUUCUUCCUGGUUCUGGCAGCAUGUUGGAGAAACUUGGACUAUUUAUGAAAGUAGACGAGGAAGAAGAGGAAGAAGAGCCAUGCAGCAAAGAUGCGGAUGAAGGAGAAAUCAACUAAUGUCUGUUGAGAUAUUGGAGCCUUCUGGUCAAAGACAGAACAAUCGCCUGUUUCAGCUGGCCGACGCACAUGGGGAAAUUGCUGGUAGCUGCGCACAUGUCGGACAUUUUCUCCCAAACGGUGCACGAAAGAAUUCCCUCGAAUUUGGUGCUGCUGGAGGUGUUGAAUCACGUGCUUGCGGGAUUUACGCCUUCGGAAGGGAGGGGAGGACAGAGAUCGAGGCCACAAAAAUCCAGCUGCAAAUGAAAAUGGAGUUCAUCUCUAAAAUCCUCCUGGAAUCAAGACGUUGUUGCGAGCUGUUGUUGGGUGUAUUAAUCUGAUGGAGGCUUCUGGAAGAUUCCUUCUGACUCGCACACGGUCAGAUGUUGGCUCAGUACCACUUCUCACCAACACUUUUGCUGCUGUAAGACGACCAAAUCCAGCUGCUUUGGUGAUAUAGUCCAGUACGGAUUAUGAAUACUAAAGUGCAAGUGGGGCAAUAUCUGGCAAAAUUUGUAUGCACGUAUCUACGAUUGUUCAUUGUAUACACGGAAGUUCACCAGUAAAGAUUAUAUGGUUAUCACCUGGUACUACAUAGUACAGUAUAAUUUAAUGUAUUUUGGCUACGGUUCAGUUUGACUAAUUCAAAUGUAUUGCCUAGAUAUGUACUCCUUCCGUCCCGUCCCAUAAUAUAAGAGCAGUUUUUGACACUACCAGGGAGUAAUUUCUAAUAUUAUCAGCUCAGAUUUUUUAAAGUGCA